AUGGCGCUGCUCCAGACGUCCCUGAUCGGGGUUGUGUAUGCAGUGGUGAUCAUCCUUCUGCUUGCAGUGGCCUCGGUAUUUAUCUAUAUCUACCAGACCCCUCGAGACCGCUCGCCAUCAGUAACGCUGACAUGCAUUGUCUCCAUUACCUGUCUUCUUGCGACGGCGCUGUUGUUACCUGUGGAUGUCGCUCUUGUUUCCUCGACCACGUCUUCCAAACUGGGCCGGCGCAAGGACUGGGCCACCCAGGAUGAGGUCGAUAAGAUCACUUAUUCCCUGACCAUCGUCUACUACGUCCUCUAUUCGCUGGAUGCCCUCCUCUGUCUCCUGGUCAUUCCCUUUACUUAUUUCUGGUAUGAGGAAUAUGACGAGGUUUCCAAUGAAACGGGAGAGCAAACGAUCGGGCAGCGUCUUUGGGGUGCCCUUAAGUACACCAUAUCCUUUGUUGCGAUCGUAAUCAUCCUUUUCGUCGUCGGAUUCUUCGUGCCCGUGUCGUCAAAGAAUAAAAGUGGCAUGGACUUGGAUUAUUUCAAGAAGUUGCUGACGGAAAAUCACGGCGAGCGUGCGCUGACUUUUGCGCUUGGGCUCUUGAUGACCAUUGGGCUCUGUCUCUACGUCCUGUAUACUUCUUCGGGUCUGGCUCUUCUCCCUAUCAGUUUGAUCAAGUCUGCACCAUCUAUCUCCAGUCCAAGCCUACAAGCCAACACGGAAGUGCUGCUUGAGACAAAUCGUGAGCGGCAGCGACAACUAGAAGGCCGUUGUGGGGGGAAUCCGGACCAUCUAUCAUCUAAGGACCGUCGGGAGCUCGAUACUUUGAUAAGGGAAGAGCGGACUCUCAUUCGGCGACAGCGUCUGGUUGAAGAGGCCCAGGGCGAGGGUCGCAGUUGGUUGAUAAAGGCAUGGUACAAGAUUGGGGCAAUUUUCCGCCCCUUCAAGCUCCUGUUUGGCAUUCUCAUGCUUUUGAUUGCACUCAUCAUAUGGGUCUCGAUGCUUCUGACGGCAAUCGACAAGGCCAAAAACUCCGUCUGCAAGCACCGAUGUGGGUAUAUUCUUGGUCACGUCAAUAUUUUCAAUCCGGUUAACUGGGCCCUUGUUCAAUCGGCCAAGGUAUUCCCCAUCGACUAUGUCAUUUUUACCAUUCUCGUUCUGCUACUAUUUUGCAGCUCCGUUGUUGGAAUUGCUGCUGUGGGAAUUCGCUUCUUGUGGAUUCGGAUCUUUCAAAUUCGGAAAGGCCAUACCUCUCCCCAGGCCCUCCUUUUGGCGACUGCCCUGGUAAUGCUGAUCAUAUUGGCUCUGAAUUACUCCAUUUCUAUGGUGGUUGCCCCCCAGUACGCAACAUUUGGCCCACAGACAUUCUGUGAUCGCACUCCUCGUUCUCCUCUGGAACAACCCGAUUGCUCAGAUGCUAUGGAGCUUAUCAAACCAUGUUCGGAACUGGCAGCAAAUAACUCUGCCGCGCAGCGAGUGUGCACGCCGAGUGUUGUCAGCACAUUCCUCAAUCGCGUUACUUUGAAUUACCCUUUCUUUGGGGUUGUCUUCUUCUGGGGGCAAUUUUUCUUCUUGGGGCUGUAUCUAAUUGUCUUUGUCACCUCGCUGGUUCGCUCGCCGAAACUGGACGAGAGACAGCUCGAUGAAGACGCCGAGGAGGCAGAAGAGGAAGGACUGUUGGCCAGCACUGGCAGACGCUUCAAUGCUACUUGGCAAGACAUCAGUGGCCGGGCGAGUUGA